UAAUCUCAUGUUGUCUCCCUUUUCUUGUUUGGCAUCCACAAUCCAUAGUUCACCGUUUGCCCUGGGCUUGAUGCUGGAGAUAUGAAUUCCGGGUCUCGCCCAACACCUUCUCUUCCUUGACCUCAUCUAUACCUUAACACAAUGGAACACUCACAAGCCUGGAAUUAUCCUUCUGGGGAGCCGAUCUACAAUCCUUCAUCCUCGAUGAGUAUAUCGUCAUAUUUUGCUCGACCCAACAAAGUCAUCAAACCCAGCAGUCGCAACACCAGUCCACGGAAUUUGGGAAGGAGGAAGACCACCACAUCUGCCACCAUCUCUUCACAAACUCGAUCUGUUGUUGACCAACUACGCUCACACAACCAGCAACAACCAGUCCUUGGAAGUCACCGUUCAAGACCUGUCAGCUGGCACCCUGUUUCACUCGACCCCCUUCAAUUUUCUCAAGACCUUCUGGCGGGCACGUCGGAUUUGUCUAGUUGGAACUUUUCUACGGCUCAAGUUAAUGGCCUCGUCACACCUAUAUCAUAUCCGGUGACUGAGCCACAGAUCCAAGAGCUCAUUACGCCGCUUGACGAAUAUCCUUGGGCUAACACGGCCUACAACUACGAUGAACAAAACGACAAUAAGCAAUAUUGGCUGCCUCAAGGACAGCUGAAGUUCAAUUCCUACUCUCUGCCGGCGCAUUAUCAGUCCAAUGGCAUGCCAUUCUCGCAUACAAACCAGCAGCCGAUGGAUCCAAACAUAAGAACAGCACCGUCAUCACCAGAUCAACUGCCUCUUCAGAGCGUCGGGCCAGACACACUGUUUCUGAACGUUGGCGCUCUUGCAUCGAGGAAAGAUGAAGUCGAGCUGGUGGGUAUGGGGCUGUACGACUCGCCUGCUGAAGUUCAAUCAUCUUCCGUGCUUUUCGGUGGCAUCUCGGAACCUCAGCGAAAGACGUUGAAGCUCGAAGAGUCGUUCGUGCCGGCGGAAGUGAACGACGAAAGUGAAGAUGAAGAGGAUGCUGUGCACGAGCAGGAUAUCGAGGGAGAUCCUUUGGAAGAAAGUUCCAUGAUGAAUGAGACCAACUCGCAGUCACAAUCCAUCUCCAACCACCUAAAUUUUGGGUACCAGUCAGAGGUAAACCCGCUUGCAUACGAGUACCUGGCGACCUUGGGCCAACUCAACAGCACUUAUUAUCCAGCAGGACACCAUGGCUAUGGCUGGAUCUGAAUUACGAAAUUUGAUGACCAUGUCUAAACAAUUGUACUCAUUUCAGCGGUCGUGAUAGCGGUCUUUAUUCAGCAAUAUACCCAACGUUCACGGUCACCAGGUCCGAUGACGUGCUAGCGAAAACAGCUACCUAUAUUAGCCUUCUAGGUCAAUGAUGUAUCAUUCUUCAAGUCUUUCACUACUGAGGUUUCGGCCCGUUCUAGACCCCAGAAUACGAAGACGAGAAAUGUCCUUGAUUAAGAACCAAUGAGAAUCAUCGGAAUAGCGGCUAAGCUAACCCCGAUAGAGAAAGGCUUUCAAG